AUGCUGGCGAGAUGCUGCAGAACAGCUACCAAUCAUGUUCGUGUUAUUUCGCGGCGGAACGUUGCCGUAGUCGAUGGUCAUUUUUAUGUUCCAUCAUCUUGUGUUAACUACUACUCAAACGCCGCCGCCUCGACGGCGGCGUCCGCUGCGCCUGAUCCCGUCGAGGACACCUCCUCCGCUAAACCGAAUGUUAAUUUGAAUAAGAUGUUUUGGGCUGCACCUCACUCUUUGGCAUUGCCUGCUGACUCGUCACAAAGAAUUGAAGAGCCAAACUUUGAAGGUGUCAAGCGUUUUAUCCUUAGAUUGAUGCUUUUCUAUAGUAAGCAGAGCAAGUCUAUCCGUGGAGCAAAUGUGAUUUAUCGCCGUGUUGUUUCUCAAGCUGACCGACCUCCUAUCUAUGAUGUAUUUAGCAUUGAGAAAACCUUUAAAACAACAUUCUCCUUGCUCGUACUCCAUAUGUGGCUUGUCUUACGCCGCUUAAAAGAAGAGGGUAACGAAGGAGUGGAACUUGGGCAGUACCUGUAUGAAGUUUACAAUCAUGACGUCGAAUUGAGAGUUUCCAAGGCCGGGGUCAAUUUACUGCUAAGCAAAUGGAUGAAGGAUUUGGAGAAGAUAUUUUAUGGCAAUAUUGUUGCUUAUGAUGCUGCCAUGCUCCCUGAAGCAAAACUGGAUGAGUUACAGAACGUAAUAUGGAGGAAUGUAUUCUCUGAUGAUGGUUCAUCUAAAGCUCCCCCUUCUGUUGCAUUGAACCCAGUUCAGGCGAUGGCACGAUAUGUUCGUCUUCAAUCUACUUGCCUUUCACUGACAGAUAAAGAAGCUAUAUUUUCAGGCAACUUCAUGUUUACUCCGCUGGAAAGCACAAAGAGCUGA